AUGGCCGCCGCGAUCAAAGCCCUCAACGCGAAGAUCCGCUCAAACAAGUACUCGGACUACUUCUGCUCGACUCAUUUCUGGGGCCCAGCUUCAAACUUCGGCAUCCCCAUCGCCGCUAUCGCAGACAUGUCUAAAGACCCGGAAAUUAUCUCAGGCCGCAUGACUGGCGCCCUGACGCUGUACUCCGGCACCUUCAUGCGAUACGCGCUCGCCGUCACACCCGCCAACUACCUGCUCUUCGGCUGGUGCAAGGGUACAGGUAUCUUGAACUACUGGAAUUUCGGGGGCAAGGAGGCGGGGGAGAAGUUGAAGGAGGCUGGAGAUAAGGUCAAGGGUGUGGCAGAGGAGGUUAAGGGUGCGGUAUCGAAAUAA